GGCCGCGCUGUGAGGUGGGCAGGUGAGGAGCGGGAAGACCAUCUCUGCAAGUGCAGCAUAGCCUCGGCCUAGGACAGCGGGAGUGCGUGGCCAAAGCUGUGAGCAGAGGCACAGGUGGUGGCAGACAGUAGAGGCGCCCCAUGGGGAACAUACUGACCUGUCGUGUGCACCCUAGCGUCAGCCUCGAGUUUGACCAGCAGCAGGGGUCGGUGUGUCCCUCUGAAUCUGAGAUCUAUGAGGCAGGAGCUGGGGACAGGAUGGCAGGAGCGCCCAUGGCUGCUGCUGUACAGCCUGCUGAGGUGACUGUUGAAGUUGGUGAGGACCUCCACAUGCACCAUGUUCGUGACCGGGAGAUGCCUGAAGCUUUGGAGUUUAACCUUUCUGCCAAUCCAGAGUCAAGCACAAUAUUCCAGAGGAACUCUCAAACAGAUGCUUUGGAGUUUAACCCUUCUGCCAAUCCAGAGGCAAGCACAAUAUUCCAGAGGAACUCUCAAACAGAUGUUGUAGAAAUAAGAAGAAGCAACUGUACAAACCAUGUAUCUACUGAGCGUUUCAGUCAACAAUACAGCUUGUGUUCGACAAUAUUCCUUGAUGACAGCACAGCCAGCCAGCAUUAUCUUACAAUGACAGUAAUAUCUGUGACCUUGGAGAUACAUCAUCAUAUCACACAAAGAGAUGCAGAUAGAUCUUUGAGCAUACUUGAUGAACAGUUACACUCAUUUGCGGUUUCCACCGUGCACAUUACGAAGAAAAGAAAUGGAGGUGGGAGUUUAAAUAACUAUUCCUCCUCCAUUCCAUCGACUCCCAGCACCAGCCAGGAGGACCUUCAGUUCAGUGUUCCUCCUGCAAACACACCCACGCCCGUUUGCAAGCGGUCCAUGCGGUCCAACCUGUUUACAUCUGAGAAAGGGAGUGACCCAGACAAAGAGAGGAAAGCCCCGGAGAAUCAUGCUGACACCAUCGGGAGCGGCAGAGCCAUCCCCAUUAAACAGGGCAUGCUCUUAAAGCGAAGUGGGAAAUGGCUGAAGACAUGGAAAAAGAAAUAUGUCACCCUGUGUUCCAAUGGCGUGCUCACCUAUUAUUCAAGCUUAGGUGAUUAUAUGAAGAAUAUUCAUAAAAAAGAGAUUGACCUUCGGACAUCUACCAUCAAAGUCCCAGGAAAGUGGCCAUCCCUAGCCACAUCGGCCUGCGCACCCAUCUCCAGCUCUAAAAGCAAUGGCCUAUCCAAGGACGUGGACACCGGGCUGGGUGACUCCAUAUGCUUCAGCCCCAGUAUCUCCAGCACCACCAGCCCCAAGCUCAACCCGCCCCCCUCUCCUCAUGCCAAUAAAAAGAAACACCUAAAGAAGAAAAGCACCAACAACUUUAUGAUUGUGUCUGCCACUGGCCAAACGUGGCACUUGGAAGCCACGACGUAUGAGGAGCGGGAUGCCUGGGUCCAAGCCAUCCAGAGCCAGAUCCUGGCCAGCCUGCAGUCAUGCGAGAGUAGUAAAAGCAAGUCCCAGCUGACCAGCCAGAGCGAGGCCAUGGCCCUGCAGUCGAUCCAAAACAUGCGUGGGAACUCCCACUGUGUGGACUGUGAGACCCAGAAUCCUAAGUGGGCCAGUUUGAACUUGGGAGUCCUCAUGUGUAUUGAAUGCUCAGGAAUCCACCGCAGUCUGGGCACCCGCCUUUCCCGUGUGCAAUCUCUGGACUUGGAUGACUGGCCAGUUGAGCUCAGGAAGGUUAUGUUAUCUAUUGGCAAUGACCUAGCCAACAGCAUCUGGGAAGGGAGCAGCCAGGGGCAGACAAAACCCUCAGUAAAGUCCACGAGGGAAGAGAAGGAACGGUGGAUCCGUUCCAAAUAUGAGGAGAAGCUCUUUCUGGCCCCACUACCCUGCACUGAGCUGUCCCUGGGCCAGCGCCUGCUGCGAGCCACCGCUGAUGAGGACCUGCGGACAGCCAUCCUGCUGCUGGCACAUGGCUCCCGUGAGGAGGUGAACGAGACCUGUGGGGAGGGAGACGGCUGCACGGCGCUCCAUCUGGCCUGCCGCAAGGGGAAUGUGGUCCUGGCGCAGCUCCUGAUCUGGUACGGGGUGGACGUCAUGGCCCGAGAUGCCCACGGGAACACAGCGCUGACCUACGCCCGGCAGGCCUCCAGCCAGGAGUGCAUCAACGUGCUUCUGCAGUACGGCUGCCCCGACGAUUCAUGCCGUGGAGGAAGUGGUGAAGGAGGUGGUGGGACAUGCCAAGGAGACUGGAGAGAAAGCCAUUGCUGAAGCCAUAAAGAAAGCCCAAGAGUCAGGGGACAAAAAGAUGAAGGAAAUCACCGAGACAGUGACCAACACAGUCACAAAUGCCAUCACCCAUGCAGCAGAAAGUCUGGACAAACUUGGACAGUGAGUGCACCUGCUACCAUGGCCCUUCCCCAGUCUCAAUAAAAAGCCACGACGUGUACAUUGAGCACUGGAUUUAUUCCCAUUUGGAUGGAAACACUAGGCAAAGUAUUUUCUUGUUGAUAUAACAUAUUUUACAUAUUUAUGGAGUACAUUUAAGUAUUUAUUACAUGCACAGAAUAGUGAUCAAUCAGGGUGUUUGGGGUGUCUAUCACCUUGAAUAUUUGGUAUUACUAUGUGUUGGGUACAUUUCAAGUCCCUUCUUCUAGCUACUUUGUUUUUUUGUUUUUGUUUUUGUUUUUGUUUUGUGACAGAGUCUUGCUCUGUCACCCAGGCUGGAGGGCAAUGGUGUGAUCUCGGCUCACUGCAACCUCUGCCUCCAAGGUUCAAGCAAUUCUCCUGCCUCAGCCUCCCAAGUA